GCAAGGCGAGGCACAGGAGCGCCAGUAGUAAACAUGGCGGCUAAGGGGGGUAAGCAAAGAACGCGACGAGUCAGUAGACAAGAUGCUAAUAACAGCGGGAAUCUACUGAGCGAAACCCGGGUGCAGAGAGAGGAGAAGYCCGGAGAGGAGACCAAAACCCCCGACACACGGACUGAGUGUGUCAGUAGAGGAGGCCAGGUGUGGGCUCCUGAAGGUUCCACGGCAUUUAAAUGUCUCCUGUCAGCCCGGUUCUGUGCAGCGUUGCUUAGCAACAUCUCUGACUGUGACGAGACCUACAACUACUGGGAGCCGAUGCACUUCUUGCUGUAUGGCUAUGGGAUGCAGACGUGGGAGUAUUCCCCGCUUAACGCCAUCCGUUCCUACGGUUACCUGUGGCUGCACGCCCUCCCCGCCUCACUACACUCUCACAUCCUACAGACCAACAAGGUGCUUGUGUUUUACAGUGCUGUGUUGUGUAUUUUUGAUGUGUAUGGCCUUCUCCUGCUGCAUCUGUGA